CGUCUACAGAAUUCCCCGUUCAUUUCCUUUUCGUUGACCACCGGGCGUCCUAAAGCUGUAGUACGUGCAAGGCCAUUUUUUAAUGAGAGUAUAAAAGCGGUGGAUCACAACUCUGUUGGAUAUCUUCACUGCUGAGCUCCAGUUGAGGAACAAUGAAGUCUUCAUCGUUGAUUUGUGUGUUGGCGUUGGUGGCUGCGGCCAGCGCUGCUCCUCAGUAUCCGAUCCUUUACCCCGUCGGUUCACCUUUGUCACCUGUGCAGCCUUGCUCACAGGAUGAAUUUGGCCGUCUUAUUCCUGGCGGAUUUGUUUAUCCCGGCCAAGGAAAUAUGCAGAUUGGUUCUUGGCCCUGGGGACUGAUGAACCCUAUGCCUUUCUACCCCACCGAUCCUCGUUUUAUUGUCUUCCCUGGACCUGGAAUCCCAAUCACCAGCGACAACUCCGAGAUCAAACCCAUUGAGGAGAUCAAACCCAUCGCGCCGACCGUUCCAGUCACUGGAGUCACCCCUGCGGAAUCCAAGCCAAGGGAAUGGUUAUCCUCCACUCCAACUGUUGCCUCAAGAUCUCGUUGCCUUGCAGAUUAUCGCAGUCAAAAACCUGAAGCCCCACCUGCCAUCGUAGGAUACAUGGUAGAAAGUGAUAUUGCCACCCCCCAUCAGUACCCGUUUAUGGUGUCACUUCUUGAAUUAAACGAUACAACCAAGAGAUUCGAGUUAACCUGCGGUGGAUCUUUGAUUAGUCCAACUAAAAUCCUUACAGCUGCCCAUUGCGUAGGCAACGGCAAUGCUGCCCUUAUUCCCGCGAGCCGAUUCCAAGUUAAGCUUGGCGUACAUUUCUUGAACAAAACGACAAACGACGCCCAGUUGUCAAGGAACGUCAAAACAAUUAAGAUCCACGAGGAAUACGAUUCUGCUGAAUUUUAUAAUGACAUCGCCAUUCUGACGCUGUCUUCACCCGUGGAAUACACGGAUACCAUUUCCCCCAUUUGCAUGGUACCAAAUUGCUUAAACGACGAUAGCGGCCAAGCAGUAAUUGCCAUGGGAUGGGGAGACACGACAGACGGAGGAGUAAAUUCUGAUUACCUGAGAUUCGCGCAACUUUCUACGGUUCCAUUCGCAAAAUGCCAGAGGAAAUGGGGGGAUGGCAUUGAUUCAAAUCAGAUGCUAUGUGCCUUUAAAGAAGGUCAAGAUACGUGCCAAAAUGACAGCGGCGGCCCAUUGGUCAUUGAGAACAAAUCCCAAGAUGACAAGUCAUGCCGUUUUAUGCAAGUUGGUAUCGUCAGCUUUGGAAAAGGCUGUGCCAAGGGCCGUCCCGGUGUUUAUUCUCGAGUCAAAAAAUAUUUGCCUUGGAUUGAGAAGAACUCGAAAUAAUGCGGACAUCCUGCCAACGCAAUCUUCUGUCGCGGGCAUUCGCAUUUGCAAUCCAUGACUCAACCGACCGACCGAUACGCGCGAUAAAUCCCGAUUGAAUGGCCAACUCAUUUUCUUAUCCCUUUGAAUGUUUUGAAUUACUUUCAUGUCUGUAAUUGGUUUAAAGUUCAAAAAGGCAAUUAAAAUUUUUGUUAGAAUA